UGAGCGCGUCUCGUCCAAUGAACUCUCGCGAUAGUUUGAAGCACAUGGCCGCCCGCAGUGUUUACAACUUCUCGUAAUGAGAUGGUGAAGGGAAACAAAGUCCCGAAGCAGAAAGACGGCGAUUAGUUUUGUGCGUUCGGUCUUUUUCUCCGGCUUUUGGUGAAACUCUUGAUUCUACGGGUUUUGCUUUUCGGCCAAACCGCGAACACAACUAAAGGCCAGGCAAGCCACAACACAGGCUGGUGGGUGCUGUGAUGUCCUCGUACCCCAACAGACUCAAACAUCCACACUGCAGGAGGAAGCACUACCCCAGUAGCACCUACCUCACCCACGUCUGACAGCGACCGCUGGACACCGGGCGCUUGAAAGCUGGGUGGAGGGCUUCACGGGAGAGAGAGAGAGGGAGGUAAACAAAGAUGUCAGACUCUGCGGGAGGUGGUGAAAGUGGAGGUGGUGCAGGGCAGGACUCCGAAGCAGAUAAUGAGCCCCCUCAACAGCCUCCACCUUUACUGCCUGGAAGUGCAGGGGAGAUCUCAGAGGAAGGGGCUUCGCCAUCUGCCAAGAGGCUGAGGAUGAGUGAGGAGGGCGUGGGGCAGGAUCAGGUAGUGGAGCCUGGUCAGAGGCAUGAAGAAACACCAACACAGCCUAGCUCGCUGCAGGGAAUGCCAGCCCAAACAGCAGAAGGAACAGGAGACCUGCUGCAGUGUGAGGAGGGAGGUCAUAGUGGGAAAGAGGUAGUAGUCAUCGGGGAAGAAGAAGAAUACCAUCAAAAUGGAGAAGAAGGGCCAAAACCAGAGGAGGAACACAACGGUGAUGGAUCUGCAGAGAGCCCCGGUGACGGACAACAGCUCAGCUUAGAUUUUACCCAGAACCCUCAAAUGCUGACUGGUUCCUGGACAGAGUACUCCAACCUGCCGGAGAACUACCUGAAAGGCUGCAAAUGGGCUCCUGAUGGUUCUUGUAUCCUGACAAACAGUGCAGACAAUGUCCUCCGAGUGUACAACAUCCCUCCAGAGAUUUACAGCUACAACUGGGACUUGCUUCCUGAAAUGAGUCCAGUGCUGCGGAUGGCAGAAGGAGACACCAUCUACGACUACUGCUGGUACCCCAAGAUGAACUCUUUGGAGCCGGACACGUGCUUUCUAGCCAGCAGUAGCCGUGACAACCCCGUCCAUGUGUGGGAUGCAUUUUACGGGGAGGUGCGAGCCAGCUUCCGACCCUACAAUCACCUGGACGAGCUGACGGCAGCUCACUCGCUGUGCUUCUCUCCAGAUGGCGCGCAGCUCUACUGCGGGUUUGACAAAAUGGUCAGGGUCUUCCACACCGAGCGCCCGGGCAGAGACUGUGAGGAGCGACCCACAAUAGUGAAAAAGCAAGGCCAGAGUGGCAUCAUCUCCUGCUUUGGCUUCAGCCCUUGCCAAUCUGUUUACGCCUGUGGCUCUUACUCCCGCUGCGCUGGCCUCUACUCCUGCCAGGACGGCACCCUGCUGGCUCUGCUGCCGACCCGUCACCACGGAGGUCUCACCCAUCUGCUCUUCUCCCCCGACGGCAACUACCUGUACACCGGCGGCCGCAAGGAUCCAGAAAUCCUGUGCUGGGACCUAAGAGAGCCGGGAAGAGUUGUGUUUUCUCUUAAAAGGAACGUGGCCACUAAUCAGCGCAUCUACUUUGACCUCGAUCAAUCUGGCAGGUACCUGCUGAGUGGAGACACGGAGGGAGUGGUGUCAGUAUGGGACACCCACACAGCGCCUCCUGAUGGUAAUGAAGAACUACUGCAGCCUCAGCUUAGGUUCCAGGCGUACUGGGACUGCACCAACGGAGUCAGUAUCCAUCCCUUCAUGCCGCUGCUGGCAACAUCCAGCGGCCAGCGGCAGUUCCCGUGGCCUGGCGACAGCGAGGGUGACUCGGCCUCUGACACGGAGGGGAGCGGCGCUGUGAUGUCACAGCAAGACACCCGGCAGGACAACGUCCUGACCCUGUGGUGGGCGGGACCGCUUAGUCCCGCCGCUGAAGGGAGCCAAGACCAGAGCACUACAGCAGCAGAGGCCUGAAUAUCUGUCACUGCACUCAGCUGAUACAAAUCGAGUUACACAUGCCAUGUGAUGUUUGUGUGUAAAGCUGAUUUUGGUUUGUACAAAUAGAGCGUCAGCGGGCUGUUUGUUUGUAGUUUACUGCCAACUUCACCAGAACGUGGAAAAAAAAAGGUUAAUGUCAAAGCCAAAAGUUAAGAGGUUCUUUAAAGCCUUAAUGCUGAGAUAAGAGGUGUUUUCUAAGGAGACGUUAGGACAUUACAAUCAAAUAUAACCAGCCUCUUCUUAAACAUUUACCUUUAUUUCAUUUUAGUAGAGACUCUUACUUCCUGAAUAAGAAUACAUGUGGUGGAAGUGAAAUCCUCUCACUGUGUCCGUGCGUGUCUGCUGAUCGCGCCUCGGCUCUCGGCCGUGUCGGCGGGAGCGUUUGUUUACGUGUGCGUGUAGCUGCGAUGCUUCCCCGGAGAUCUUUCACUGCUAUAGUUACAGUAAGUGCCAUUUGUUCUCAAGUUUUCGCUUUUGUAAAGUGACGGGGAUCUCCUGGUUUUAGCUUCUUUUUUAAAGUGCCAGACGCGACAGGUAGCGUUGCUCCGUGCAUGCCCACAAAUGUAUAUUUUUGUAAAGCCGUGAUGACGAUUCUCCUUUUUUUUGAAUGUAACUUCAAAAACAAUCUGUGAAAGUCUUGUAAUUAGCAGCUGCUGCUUGAAAUGUGCUCUUUCCUUUUUGUUUUCCUCCUACUGGUUGUGGUGCUUUUGUACCGUGCGAGUGGUGCUAGCAGCUCAGAAGACAUUGUGUUUGAUUAAUUGCAUUAAUACUUGCAGCCGUUUGUCGAAUGCUCGCGUUGUUACCAGGGUGCGCUUUCCUGUAGUGUCUUUGCAGGUUGGUGAGAAGCUCAGCGUGCUCCAACCAAAGCCUUGGAUCUUUACACUGAUUAAAUCGAUCACUUUUUAAA